AGUAGUUCGACUUUAGUUCAAGUAUUUUGGAUACACACCAUACACACCAUAUAACAGAGAGAGACAGAGAGAGAGAGAAAGAGAGAGAUGAGUUCAAUGGGGUGGUCUUUUCAGGCAUAUUUGAUGAACCUCAUCCUCAUCCUCCUCCUCAUACCAGUUAUCAUCAUCCCUCUUGUGCUUGGAUGCUACAAUUCAAUCAUCAGCUUUGGAGAUUCACUUGCUGAUACAGGCAACUUAUACAACAGCUACCCUAACAAAUCUCUCAACUUCUUCCACCCGCCAUAUGGAGAGACCUACUUUCAUCAUCCCAUGGGACGAUGCUCGGAUGGUCGUUUAGUCGUAGACUUCAUCGCUGAGUUUCUGGGACUUCCACUCGUACCACCUUAUCUUGAAUGCCAGAACAGUAAUCAAAGUGUCCAGAACUUUGAAGCGGGUGUGAAUUUUGCAGUAGCAGGAGCCACGGCGUUAGAUGCUGCCUUUCUUGAAGAAAUGGGGGAUUCUACUGCAUUUACCAACAACUCUCUAAGCAUUCAACUGGAGUGGUUCAAACAAAUGCUGCCAUCUCUAUGCAACACAUCUUCAGACUGCAACAAACUCCUUUCAACUUCUCUAAUUCUAAUGGGAGAGAUUGGAGGCAACGAUUACAACAAUCCAUUGCUUGCAGGAAAAAGUAUAGAAAAGGUUCAAGCGUAUGUACCAUUAGUGAUAGAAAAAAUUGCUUCAACCAUCAAUGAGUUAAUCGAGCGCGGGGCGGCAACACUUUUGGUACCAGGCAACCUUCCAAUUGGUUGCGUUCCUGCUUAUCUAACAAUAUAUGAGAGUUCAGAUAAGAACCAAUAUGACCCUUCAACUGGUUGCCUAAACUGGUUAAACAAGUUUUCUAGGUAUCACAAUGAGCAGCUUCAGAUAGAACUAAGUCGGAUUCGAAGGCUUCAUCCUCAGGUCACUAUCAUUUAUGCAGAUUAUUACAAUGCCAUGCUGCAAUUAUAUCAGUCUCCAGACCAAUUUGGAUUUACUGGGGAGACUAGCAAAGCAUGCUGUGGAGGAGGAGGGCCAUACAACUACAACACAUCCGCACUAUGUGGGGAUGCAGGGGCAAGUGUUUGUGAGAACCCUGCACAGUUUAUCAGCUGGGAUGGCCUGCACUCCACUGAAGCAGCAUACAGGUGGAUAACCAAGGCUAUAUUACAAGGAAAUUACACCGUUCCACGCAUUUCCACUUUGUGUGAUUCACCAGUGUGACUGAGACAGACACCAAUAGCUAACUACUCAAAAAGUUCUAUUUAGAGCAUCCACAAUCAUGCUCCUUAUUUUUUAGUUAAAAUUUAGCUAAAAACACUAAAAAUUUAUUCUAGGAGCUCCUUAUAAAAUUUCAACUCUAACAAUCCUCUCAAGUUUAGGGAAUCAUAAAUGGUUUAUUUCUCUUUUUAGUUUAGCAUAAAUGCUCAUUCUUCAUAUAAAAUAAUAAUAAUAAAUAGUUAACAUUAAAUAAAUACUUAAAAUAGCAUUAAAGUAAAGCAGUAUUUAAUUAUAGGGAGCCAUUAGGAGUCCUUUCUCUCUCCUGAUAUUUAGGAGCUCCUAGAGGUCUCCAUAUUUUAGGAGUUGGAUAGGGAGCAUGGUUGGAGGUGGGUUUUCUCACUUCAUCCCUAAAUUUUAUCUAAGGAGGUGGUUUAGCGAGUUCAU